UGGCUUAUCGUAAGAAUAUAUUUGCAACAAACAACCGGCGCAGUGACAUUGUGACAGUUGAGUUAUCAUUGACUUUAGCUGGUUAUGUUCACAGAUAGAGGGUAACUGUCAAGCAACAAUAUUAAACAGUAAAACGAAUACGACGAUAAAUCUCAACAGUGCAAUAUUUUUGUUAUCAUUAAUUCGAGGUGGAAAAUAUUUACGUGGAAAAUUAUUGUAGCUCUAUUAAAACUGACAAUCGUUCUGGAAUUGAACGAACAAUAACUUCCGAAUUAUUAUAAAAAUUAUUCUCUUAUAAAGCAGUCUUUAACGUUUGUUUGAAAUGGAGGACGCGCAAGAGGAGUUGCAAUUUGUGGUGGAUGAUGUAAGCAACAUUAUCAAAGAAGCAAUCGAAGUAUCAAUAGGAGGCAAUGCAUAUCAACAUAAUAAAGUCAAUCAAUGGACUUCGAACGUUGUAGAGGCAUGUUUAGGGAAUCUUACAAAAUUACAGAAGGCUUACAAAUAUAUUGUAACUUGUACAAUCAUGCAAAAAAAUGGUGCUGGACUUCAUACCGCAAGUUCAUGUUACUGGGAUAAUGCUACUGAUGGAAGCUGCACAGUACGCUGGGAAAAUAAAACAAUGUAUUGCAUUGUGUCUGUUUUUGGAUUGGCUCUUUAGAUUUACUCAUCUACAAGGUAUAAUUUUGUGCUCGAAAAUUUAAUAAUUCAUGGAUAUAAGAUGUAGUAAGCUCUACUUUCAAAAAUAAAAUUUUUGGUUCUGAUGUUA